AUGACAACCACAGAGCUUGAGGAGCUGCUGCUCCAGGGCAGGGAGCUAAAGGAAUACAGUCCACUUCUUCCUAUAAAACCUGAGAAAGAUAACAUCUACAUGGAGAAGUCAACCCACCCACCUGUUGCAGACACCUCAUCAAAGAUAAGCUACCAGCUCUCUGCCUGCGCUCCAGGAAACGGUGGCUGGACUUUGUUUCCUAGCGCUGAGGACUGCAUGAAAACAAAAGAGACAGAGGUGGUCAGUGUUUGUGACCACGAGCCACUUCACUUUGGCAUAUCUCACCAUCAGGAGGGAGCCAGCCUACUACAUAAGUAUUAUGCCAACGGGAUGAAGUUUCUUAUCUUGUUCCCUGAUGGCUCUGCUCAGGUCUUUUAUCCGUCAGGCCUCUUGGCCCUGGUUGUCAUUGUCACUGAAGGGAAGGGAAGGGCCUGCAUUGUGUAUGAUGACAGCCAUGCUCCUGAACAACCAAUCAGGGCUGUGUUCCAGUCCAGUGGCAGGGCAACAUGCUACCACAGCAAUGGUACCAUCUGGCUCAGCUUAGACAGAUCAGGUGGUCAGUGUUUGGAUGAGACGGGUGCAAGAGUUCGCAGGUGGAGCUGGAGCGGCCCGGGACUCUUUCCCACGCCCUUGCAACCAGUCUUCUUGUCCCUCAACAGAUGCAUAGGGGUCCGAGUCCUGGGAGAGCAACAAGUGUUUCUCUCCUUUCUGGCAUGUGGCCAACAGGCAAAGUUCAGUUUGGGUGCCUGCUGUGCCAAGGGGAAUUGUAGAAGAGAUAAGCCUGCUUCAGGACCAUCCAUAACCAAGGAGGAGCUGUUUCUGUUGGCCGGGAAGAUUAGGGUCCAUCAAGCCUUUAAGCGUCUUCACCAAUGCCUGAGGACGCCCUCUAACCUGCGACCUUUGAAAGCCACUCACGUCCAUUGUCUUGGUAUCAGAAUCCAAAGGCUACUGGAAGUCAGUGACAUCAUUGAAAUGAGUGAGACAGAGAGAGCUUUCAUCCACAGAUGCCUCAAGGACUGCCUGUGAUGUAGCACUGGACACUGAGUGGGAUCACAUCACGUGGAUCAGCAAGUUGAUCUACUUAUCACACUGAGAUCAUGAAGAAUAAAUGCAUUUA